AUGGCUUCUCUUCUUUCCUUCUCUCUUCCAAAACCAAGCAUUAUAAAAGCUACUUCAUUAUCUCCAACGACUGCCAACCCUUCAACUCCAGAGAUUCUUGAAGAAAAGUUUGGUAGAAAAGGAAUCAAAUUCUUGGAAUCCAACAAUGUUCCUACUGUUGAGCUAACGGUUAGAAAUGGCAGCUCUGUGAGGGUCCAGAUACCUAAUGUUCAUGUCACUUCUUACAAGCCAAAAGUUUAUUGGAAGGAUGAUGGUUUCGAAGAGGUUCUUUAUACACUUCCUGGUAAUGAAAAGGAUUCUAGUAAAGCUAAAGGCGGCAUUGGUUUGGUCAUCAAUGAUGCCUCUGAAGGUGGUUCCAAAGGAUCACUCAUCUCUUCUUCUGAAUGGAGUGUAAAGGAUGUUGACUAUGAUUCCAUUGAUGCUCUUCAGGUUGAAUUGAGCUGUAGCAGUGGACCUCUUGACAUAUCAUAUGUAGUCUCACUUUAUCCACUGAGCAUGGCUACAGCAGUGAUAGUCAAGAACAAUGGUCGCAAGGAUGUGACUCUAACUAGUGCUAUACUUAGUCAUCUCAAAUUCAAAAGGCGAGCAAAGGCAGGGAUCCAAGGACUCAGGAAAUGUUCAUACUGCACACAGCCUCCUUUAUCUUCACCUUUUGAAGUUUUAUCUCCAUCUGAAGUAAUGAAACCUGAGUCUCCGGGAUUUUUCGAUUUUGAUUUCGAGCCUGAAGAGAAACCAGGAUUAUGGAAAGUGCAAGAUGAACCUUACACAAUUUUGAAGAAUAGAUUUAGUAGAGUUUAUGCUGCCCCCCCACAAGAGAGGUUAAAAGCAUUCUAUAACACCUCACCUACAAAAUAUGAAGCCCUCGAUCAGGGAAAAGAGCUGUUCUUUAGGGUAAUAAGGGUCGGUUUCGAAGAUAUAUACAUUGGCACCCCAGGUUCAUUUGCAGAGAAGUAUGGUGAGGACUAUUUUAUCUGCACUGGCCCUGCUGCAAUGCUGGUCCCUGUCGUUGUGAAGCCAGGCGAAGACUGGAAGGGGGCACAGAUGAUUGAGCAUGAUAAUUUGUAA